AUGGACGUCGAAAUGGGCGGGGACUUGCUCGCGGAGAUCCUAGUGAGGCUGCCACACAAGUCGCUCGCGCGGUUCCAGUGCGUGUCCACCACGUGGCGGGCCCUCAUCUCCGCGGACCACCUCCGCCGGAGGCUACCGCUCAUCACGUCCGGCGUGCUGUUCCACGACGGGCCGCGGGAUGGUGUGGGCGGCAGGCAGACGUACACGUACGUGCGCCCGUCAUCUGGCGAGGACGACGGCCGUGGCGUGGCGGAGGCCGACGACAUGGCCUUCUUCCCGUGCCACGGGACGUCGAGCAUCAUCGAUGGGUGCAACGGCCUGCUGCUGUACUACGCGCCCUACCCGGUGGCGUUCCACAUCGUCUUCCCGUUUGAAGCUAUUCUUGACAAAUUUUGUCAGAUUCGUCGCGCACGAACGAUCCUUUGA